CUCAGAAGGAGUCGGAGACACUUCUAUAUUUGCAUGGUGCCAUUACACCUUACACGUAUCAUCAGUGACGGAGAGGGUCCUUGCCGUGUGCUCAUGCCAUUCCAUGGUUCCUCCCUCAGAUACCGCAUCGCAGCCGCGAGACCCAGAAUACAUACUUUGUAGUAUCUGGCAUUCCGAUACUGCCGCUCAGGGACGAUCGAGGCCCAGUGCAACUGGAGGCGGGUGCUUGCUUGACCCAAUCGUUCUGUCCGAGUCCGCGAUCGCCACGAUCCUGCUAUUGCUCGCCUGCGUGAUUAUUUCCUCUUGUUUAUCUUCAAGGUAAUCGAUUACCCAAACAGAAAGCAAUCUAGCGUCAUGAUUUACACUUGUAGUAA